UCACUGCAUCAGGGAUAGCGUACGCAGGCGUUUUGGCUUUACAGCCGCCUUCAGUAUGUGUAGGUACAAUUUUAUUUUAAUUUGACUAUCAGGAAUGUGGCUUUUCUUUGGUCUACCUGUGUACAAAUUAGUCACAAAGAAAUAGAAUUAUGAGAUUGGGCACGAUGGGCAACUCACAAAUCAAUGGCCCAAGGUGUCCGCUCACCUAAAUGCAUCAUAUCAAUUCAAGGACAUCAGGCAAAGCCAUUCAUAAGUAUGUGGGGUCAACUCAUAAACGACAUGCAAAAUUUGAUAUGGACUAAUUCUUUGUGAAUAAUUUGUAGACCGGAAAAGCUUCAUCCCUGGCAACCCUGAUUAGAAGCACUUGCUGCUCAUCUGUGGAUCUUUACAAAUGCUGUUUUGAAUGAAAGAAUAUUGUACCUCACACACGCUGAAGAAGGCUGUAAAGCCAAAACGUCUGUACUCUCCCUGAGGCAGUGAAAAUAAUUCAACAGAAUAAUGAAGUAAGCUUUGUGACAACUUUUUGAGUGUGAACCUGUAUGUUUAUCUGAAUUCGCAGGUUUUGCGCACCAGCCAAGCUUCUGGAAGAGCCCUAUGGUUCUCUUUUGAUUAUAAAAAUCUAGAAGACAGGCAUUGAGGUAUUCAGUUACUGAGGUUGCUGCAGCACCUCCUGAUAAAUUGAAAUGAAAACAUUUAUAAUAACUUUGACUUCACCCCCAACAUCUUCCGGCGGCCACGGGCGUGAGGAACGGCAUCUCGAAACACAACUUGUUGGUCCUUGUCACGAAUGAGCUAUUGAGGCAGACUACCACACCGGUCUCCACUCCUAUCAGCUAAAAACAAGUAGCGGCUCCAGUGGGCACAUGAUCACCAAAACUGGGCAACUGAGAUGUGGAAAAACAUUGCCUGGAACAUGACGGCAAAUUCAGUUUACUUGAGUGGCCCGGUCAGUCCCCAGACCUCAACCCAAUAGAGCAUCUUUGGGAUGAGAUGGAACAGGCUUUUCACAGCAUGAAUGUACCACCAUUCAAUCUGCAGCAACUGCGCGAUGCCAUCGCAUCAGCAUGGACCAACAUCCCUGUGGAAGGUUUCCGACACCCUGUAGAAUGCCCUGAAUAAUUCAGACUGUUCUGGAGGUAAAGGGGGGUCUGACCCGGUACUAGAUGGGUGUACCUAAUAAACUGUCUGGUGUAUGUAGAUAAAAUGCAGGCCUCUUCUAGUGUUACAUGAAUGUUAUUAGUAGGAGCUUCAAAUAUUUUCGUGAAUGUUAUUAGCCUUUCAUGAAUGAAUGCCGAACGCUGCAUCAGUGCAUUACCUAAACAUGGAACAUUUUAAACCAGUGAUGCUUUUUCUGGCUCUUUAGUUAAUGGAGAAAAUAUAUGUAAUUUCAAAACGAGAGAGAAAAAAAUGUUUUAUUUUUAGCCUAAGUGCUACAGACAGAGAAGUAGAGGGCAAAGAUGUAACAUUCAGAUCAUGUAUUCCCAUCUACGUCACCCUCUCUCCUUUUAUUUUUUAUUUUUACUGCAGACCCAAUAUUCCAGUUCUCUCUGGCCCUAUCCUCACAUACCGAUACAGCAUCUGCCCACCCCUUUUUGCUAAGCAGUUUGGUACUGUCCAAGCUUCCCACAGCACUGCUGCUUCACCUGGAUUUUGCUAGAAUGUUCCUUUUUUGGGGGGUGGGGGGUCUGUGAGAAUCCUAACUGCGUGGGCUGUUGGAUUAAGCCACUGCUGCAGCAUCAGAAGGGGUUUAAUCUACGAGAAGCAGCAGCAGAGAGAGACACUAUUUCCCAGGCUCUAUCUUACCCUGUUGUCAGUUCUUUUACUUGACUGUACAAGAACUGCUGGGCAUCAAGGACACAUACAAGAGAGGAUAGAAUAUCAAAGGAAGGAGGAAAACAGAGCUUGUUUGACUGGAGCAGAGAUAAAUAAAGCAUCCUAGUGCCUGUUGCAGACACCAGACACAGCCAUUAUGACCCAGGGCAAGCUUACAGUCGCAAACAAGGCUGCUGAAGCAGGAGAGAAGCAGUAUGGCACUUCAAGUGGAGAAGCAGGAGGGCCACCAGCCCCUCCCACCUAUGAGGAGGCCACUGGCGCAGGUGAGAAAGGCAUCAGCGGCAGCCCCUGUUACAGUGGGGCUUAUCCUAGUGAUGGGGAGAUGCUCACAGAAUUCAGCUGGAGUGAUAAAAACAUCCGACGGAUCUUUAUCCGCAAGGUUUACGCCAUCUUGAUGAUUCAACUUCUUGUCACUCUUUCCAUUGUGGCUCUCUUCACAUUCUGUGAGCCAGUGAAGAACUACAUUCAGACCAACCCUGGAUGGUACUGGGCUUCCUAUGCUGUGUUCUUUGUCACAUAUAUUACACUCGUCUGCUGUCCUGGACCAAGGAGACAGUUUCCAUGGAAUCUGAUCCUGCUCGCCAUCUUUACCCUCUCUCUCUCCUAUAUGACAGGGAUGCUAUCCAGUUAUUACAACACCAAGUCAGUGGUGAUGUGUUUGGGUAUUACUGCUAUGGUCUGUCUUACUGUCACCCUCGUCAGCUUCCAAACCAAGUUUGAUGUGACAUCAUGCCAAGGCGUAUUGUUUACCUUCUGCAUGGUCAUGAUGGUGUCUGGACUGGUCCUGGCCAUUGCAUUGCCCUACGGAUAUGUCCCCUGGGUGCAUGGUGUCUAUGGUGCCUUGGGAGCGUUACUUUUUACCAUGUUUUUGGCAUUUGACACCCAGCUACUGAUGGGGAACAAGCGCUACACAAUAAGUCCAGAGGAAUACGUCUUUGCCACUCUCAACAUCUACCUCGACAUUAUCUACAUAUUCUCCUUCUUCCUGUCCCUGUUCGGAACAGAGAGGACAAACUGAAUCCACCUCCAGGCCAGCAUCUCAGCUUUUCCAUCCAAACACGGCCCGUAUUCAUAGUCUCAGAGUGGUAGUGCUGAUCUAGGAUCUGCUUUGGCAUUUAGAUCACUGUGAAAAGUGUCAUACACACAGGGGGGAUAUGAUCCUAGGUCGACACUACUCGGAGACACGGUAUGAAUACAGGCUCUGAUCUCACCAGAUGUAUUGUACACAACCCAUUGAUCCACCACUUCUUCCCACAGUCUCAGCUUAGUGUGAUUUUCCUCCCCCCUCUAGCAUGAUAUGGACCUAUACUACUUUAUUGUCUGCUUAGCUGUCAAUCUCCAGAAUGUACAGUACUUUUCACCUAUAGGGUCGGCGAUCUAUAGAAUUACAUUGCUAACGGUAGAUAGGUGUGAAAAACACAUGCAAAACACUGAGUCUGUCUAAAAGCUAGAACGGUAGGUGUUUUUGUCUUAUGCAGAUGUGAUGUCCUUGCUUUCUCCCGUCGUUUAACAACAACAGUCAUGAAUGACACUGCUCUACAGGAGCUUAUCACCUCUUAUGAAGAGGAACGUAAAAGUAUCUGCCCCGAAAGGCAUGAAUAUCUGAAUAUCUUUCAGUGUAGCAACGUAGACAUCAUUGUGCUUAGUUCAUCAGUAGUGCACUAGGCUACAUCCAAUUCCAUCAGUGCAUAACACAUUGUGGUGACCCUCAGCUUUAGAGUAGAGCGAGAGAGAGUAAAGUAGUUCCUUUUUUUGAUCCAAACAUGGGAAAUUGUUUUAUCACUCAGCAUCGUCAAUAAAUCCAAAAAGGACAAGACACGUAUCCAUGACAAAAUAAAUUAAACACAUCUUAAGACACAUUUAAAUCAAUGGCAUCUGUGCACAGCAUGUACAGUGGUUUGUUGUUUCUCCUCCAGUCUGUCAACUCUUAGCCUACUGGUUGAAAUCUCAAAGGAACAUUAGAUCCGGAGCAUGCAUGCAGGCAAGUCAAUCCAAUUCUGAUUUCAUUUGAACGUAGGCAAAUUGCUUGGCUUUCCUUAGCUGCUUUAGACGAAACAUGAGUUCAUCUAGUUGCACUAAAACUGGAGAUGUAAUGCAAUCCUGUCAAUAUGAUGAGCCAUAGUCCAAUGAUGUCAGUAGGGGUUUACUCACCACCCUUCUCUUUCUUUGUAUCAUUCUGUUCUGUAUUAUUCCCUCCAUGUUACAAUUUUCCAGCUAGGUUGGCUGCUAUUUAACUCUUUUAAGUUUUUAUUUAUUUACAGAUAGCUAAACGGGAGUCAUCCCACUGGACACAGAUGUCAAUCCAAUGUCUAUUCCACAAUGGUUCAACGUCAUUUUGUUGAAAUGACGUGGAAACAACGUUGAUUCAACCAGUGUGUGCCCAGUGGAAUGUAUUUAGAAUCUAAAUAUAUGGCUCUGGGACUGGGUUAAACCAAUGAUUCGAUACAUAUGCUUUGCUAAGCAUGUUUUGGGGGCCAAUCUUGAAAACCUUUACAAUGUGGGGAUGUGGAAAAUAUAUGUAUUUGCUCCAGUAGUUAGUUAUACAGUGCCCUCCAUAAUUUUUGGGACAGUGACACAUUGUUGUUGUUUUGGCUCUGUACUGUAGCGCUUAGGAUUUUAAAUUACACAAUGACCAUGAGGUUAACAUGCAGACAGUCAGCUUUAAUUUGAGUGCAUUUUCAUGCAUAGCGGGUGAACCAUUUAGAAAUUACAGCACCUUUUGCAUAUAGUCACCCCAUUUUAGGGGACCAAAAUUAUUGGGACAAAUUCCCUUUAUAUGUGUAUUAAAGUAGUCAAGUUUAGUAUUUGGUCGCAUAUUCCUAGCACGCAAUGAUUAGAUCAAGCUUGUGACUCUACACACUUGUUGGAUGCAUUUGCUGUUUGUUUUGGUUGUGUUUCUGAUUAUUAGACAUUCAUGGUAACAUUCAUGGUAAAUAAUGGAUUGUGUCAUUUUAGAAUAACUUUUAUUGUAAGUAAGAAAAUAAUAUGUCUCUAAACACUUCUACAUUCAUGUGGAUGCUACCAUGAUUACGGAUAGUCCUGAAUGAACCGUGAAUAACGAUGAGUGAGAAAGUUAGACGCACAAAUAUCAUACCCCCAAGACAUGCUAACCUCUCA